AUGAGCACGUUAGUCUACAACACAGUCGAUAGGCUGGACCGGCCCAGCGCCUACUAUGUUGGAAAGAAUAAAAGGCGCAAGUUCAACCAGGAUGAAGCAGAAGAACCAGAAGAUCCAUCAGUCAAGCUCAGAAAUGCCACAACUCUCUACGUUGGUAAUCUCUCUUUUUAUACCACAGAGGAGCAGAUACAUGAGCUUUUCUCAAAAUGUGGCGAGAUUAAACGGCUUGUGAUGGGACUCGAUCGAUUUAACAAGACGCCGUGCGGAUUUUGCUUUGUGGAGUAUUAUACUCACCAGGAUGCGCUAGACUGCUUGAAAUAUAUUGGAGGAACCAAGCUUGAUGAGAGAAUUAUCCGCACAGAUCUUGAUCCGGGGUUUGAGGAAGGACGGCAGUAUGGUCGCGGUAAAUCCGGCGGUCAGGUUCGCGAUGAAUACAGAGAAGAAUAUGACCCGGGUCGUGGAGGUUAUGGCCGAGCAUACGCCGAUGAGCAACGACAACGGGAAGAAGAGGAGUACGGUGCAGGUAGGUGA